UGGAAUUACGUACCGUCUGAGACCGGGGUAGAAAAUUUGCCGGGUCGGCGCCAUCUUCUUUCAUUUUGCCGUCUCGCAGUCCGCAAAAUUCGGGAUAAAAUGUCUAAAAGACACAGACUAGAUGUGGGAGACUCCCACAGUAAAAGGCACAGAGACUCAGGAUACAGCAACAGUUCGAGUGGAAGCAAGAGUUCCAACUCUGUGAUCAGCAUGCCCAAACCAAACACCGUCCCCACCAUCAACCCCUUCACAGGCAUGCCCUACACGGCACGCUUCCACGACAUCCUGAAGAAACGCAUGCUGCUGCCCGUGGUGGAGUACAAGGACAAGUUCAUGGAGAUGAUGAGAGGACAGCAGAUCAUCGUACUGGUGGGAGAGACUGGGUCUGGGAAAACAACACAGGUUCCCCAGUGGUGCUUGGAGUACGUCCGUGCAUACAACCCAAAGCGAGGCGUGUCCUGUACCCAGCCGCGUCGAGUGGCGGCCAUGUCAGUGGCGCAGCGUGUGGCGGAUGAAAUGGACGUGAUCCUGGGACAGGAGGUCGGCUACUCCAUCAGGUUCGAGGACUGCUCCAGUGCGAAGACAAUCCUCAAGUACAUGACAGACGGUAUGCUGCUGCGUGAGGCCAUGGCGGACCCGUUGUUGGAGCGUUACGGGGUGAUCCUGCUGGACGAGGCUCAUGAACGUACGCUGGCGACAGACAUCCUGAUGGGACUGCUGAAGGAGGUGGUGAGACAGAGGGGAGACCUGAAGAUUGUGGUCAUGAGUGCAACUUUAGAUGCAGGCAAGUUCCAGGGUUAUUUUGACAAUGCUCCGCUCAUGAGUGUCCCUGGCCGGACACAUCCUGUGGAGAUUUUCUACACCCCUGAGCCUGAGAGAGACUACCUGGAGGCAGCCAUACGAACUGUUAUACAGAUCCACAUGUGUGAGGAAACAGAAGGAGACAUACUACUGUUCCUCACAGGUCAAGAGGAAAUUGAAGAGGCGUGUAAACGUAUGAAACGAGAAGUGGAUAACCUUGGCCCGGAGGUUGGUGAGAUGAAGGUCAUCCCUCUCUACUCCACCCUCCCACCCAACCUGCAGCAGCGAAUCUUCGAGUCUGCCCCACCCAACAAACCUAACGGGGCCAUCGGACGGAAGGUCGUGGUGUCUACUAACAUUGCAGAGACGUCCCUCACCAUUGACGGUGUGGUGUUCGUGAUCGACCCAGGCUUCGCCAAACAGAAGGUGUAUAACCCCCGUAUCCGGGUGGAGUCAUUGCUGGUAACAGCCAUCAGUAAGGCGAGUGCAGCUCAGCGUGCCGGCCGCGCCGGUCGUACGAGACCAGGGAAGUGUUUCCGACUGUACACGGAGAAGGCGUACAAACAGGAGAUGCAGGACCAGACGUACCCCGAGAUCCUCAGGUCCAACCUCGGUUCUGUCGUGCUGCAGCUCAAGAAGCUGGGCAUCGACGACCUGGUACACUUUGACUUCAUGGAUCCCCCUGCCCCAGAGACCCUGAUGAGAGCGUUGGAACUCCUGAACUAUCUGGCAGCGCUGGACGAUGACGGAGAGCUGACCGAGCUGGGCUCCAUGAUGGCCGAGUUCCCGCUGGACCCUCAGCUCGCCAAGAUGGUCAUCGCGUCGUGUGACCACAACUGUUCAAACGAGAUCCUGUCUGUCACAGCCAUGCUAUCAGUCCCACAGUGUUUUGUGCGGCCCAACGAGGCAAAGAAAGCCGCGGACGAGGCCAAGAUGAGGUUCGCUCACAUCGACGGAGACCACCUGACUCUGCUCAACGUCUACCAUGCCUUCAAGCAGAACCAUGAAGACACCCAGUGGUGCUACGACAACUUCAUCAACUUCCGCUCCCUCAAGUCUGCGGACAACGUACGCCAGCAGCUGGUCCGCAUCAUGGAACGCUUCAACCUGCGGCGUACCAGCACGGAGUUCACAUCUCGCGACUACUACAUCAACAUCCGCAAGGCCCUGGUGUCAGGCUUCUUCAUGCAGAUUGCCCACCUGGAGAGAACCGGUCACUACCUGACAGUGAAGGACAACCAGGUGGUGCAGCUGCACCCGUCCACCUGUCUGGACCACAAGCCGGAGUGGGUGCUGUACAACGAGUUUGUACUGACCACUAAGAACUACAUCAGGACAGUCACGGACAUCAAGCCAGAGUGGUUGAUAAAGAUCGCACCACAGUACUAUGACAUGCAGAACUUCCCCAUGUGUGAGGCCAGGCGUCAGCUGGAGAGAAUCAUCGCCAAAGUUCAGGCCUACGAGAACGCCUUCUAGACACAGAGCCCCUCUGUCUAUAACCCAUGCUAUACAGGCUUUUCAUAUGACGUCUAUGAAAAAUCUCUAUAGACACUUUGAACUGUACAGACUUUGUAGAGUACUUCAGACAGAUUUAAUGUAGAAAAACAGAAACAUACUGCAAUGUUAUUGUAGUGAUUUAUCACCUUAUUGUGUUACCUGUAGACAGUGCAGUGGGUUGACACGCUAUAAGGGUUUACAAAAAAAACCUUAACAGAUAGUAAUUUUCAUGUAAACCAGAUUUUUUUGUGGAAGUCUAGUUCUUGUGUUUCCAUCUCUACCCCCCCCCCAUCCAACAGACCUGUAAUGUGCUUGAUGAGGCUCUAGUGGACCCAAUGUAUCACACAUGUUUGUAUAUAUAUAAGAAGAGCUGAGAUGCUAGAGAAGAAGUUCCCUUGCAGACCGGGGCAAAUUACUGUAGUUGUAGAUCUACAGAUGGGUAGAGCUUUGUGGGAGAGGUAGGCAUUUGUACAUUUUGUCAGCCUUUUGUAGCAAAACCCAUCCAGUGUUCAAUUUGAGCACUUGUCACACAUAUAAAUAUCUUCUCACAAAUUUUCUUCCCAACCAGUCCCCAACCAAGUCCUAUUGUAGCUCCUCUAAUCAUAUCCAUGCAGAUUAUGACUUUUCAGGCUUUGAUUUUUUAAAUCUGAUGGUUGGUACAGACACAUUCUAACUGGUAAGCAACCUCACCAGCAAUUUAUGACCUUGUUGAUGACCACCAAGGUGUGAAGUCGGUUGGGAGGCCAUGUCUUACAUGUCAAACAGGGGCUUGCCCUGUUUAAAACACUUAAGUCACAUGCAUCCCCUGGUGUCUACUUUACCAGCGCAGAGGAGACUAGUGGCAUAUCCCUGUUAUCAUCAUCACUUUAAUUAAAUAUCUGUUUGAACUAAGGAUAUUGCUGUACAAAGAGAGUUAACAGAAUUGUGCAAAUUGUCAACAGGUUGUUUUGAGUUAGAAGGAAUAUCACGGUGAAGGGUGGAACAAACUUGUGAUCCAGAAUUUCUUUC